AUGGCUUUCUGUGGACCAUCCUGUGCCGUCCCCUCUUGUGCCUCUACCCCAAGCAUUGGGUUCGGAUCUGCUGGUUUCAGAGGACUGGUCCCCGGAAGCUUGGGCAUCUCACCCUUCUCCUUGGCUGAGCCUUCAGGAAGCCUGGGCACCUUGGCCGGAAUCGUCCCCUCCUGCAUCAACCAGAUCCCACCCUCCGAGGUGACCAUCCAGCCCCCUGCCUGUGUGGUCACCAUCCCUGGUCCCAUCCUGUCCGCCAGCUGUGACCCCGUCGCCGUUGGAGGCAACUCACCAUGUGCUCCUGCUGGUAGUUUCGGUCAAGGGUUGCCUCUGAGCCUUGGAGGCCAACCUCGCCUGGGCUCCCGUUAUGGGUUUGUCGGUAACCGAGGCAGCAUCUGCUAUAGCCCCUGUUAA